AUGUUGGGACAUCUGUCCUUGACACCCAAGGAGUCUACAUCAACUUUGAUAGAGCGAGCAGUCGUGGGGCAGCGUGAUGACCCCUUACUCGCUCGGUACAUGGACCAUAUAGAGGAUUAUAGCCUCAAGGGCUACCGCAUUGACGAGCAGGGGGCGCUAAGACUGGGAAACCGGCUGUGUGUACCGAAUGAUCAAGAGUUAAGGCGAGAAAUUCUAUCAGAGGCACAUCAAUCAAAGUUGGCGAUACAUCCAGGAGCGAGUAAGAUGUAUCAGGGCCUACGCCGGUGGUAUACUUGGCCAAGGAUCAAGAGAGAUGUGGCGGAUUAUGUAGCGAGAUGCCUCACUUGCCAGCAAGUGAAGGCGGAGCGACAGAUGCCGGGAGGUGAAAGUCAUGAUCUGAUUAGAGGUCUUGAUGAAGAUGCGUGGAGGGUUGUAGAAGAAGGAUGGGAUUUUUCGGAAGUCAUUGGAGAUGAUGGGACGAAAGUUAUCAAGCCCAGUUCUCAGUGGACCCUCAUUGAGAAAAAGGCAUCAACACUUAAUGCAAAAGCUCUGACUAUAAUCUUCAACACUGUCGAUUCAGAUGAGUUUAAGCAAAUUCAGGGGUGCAAAACUGCAAAAGAAGCAUAG